AUGAUCGUCACUCUUUUAACCCUCCUCGCUGCCGCGUCAGCGGGUCGCGCGACAGUCACUGUCGACAAUCCGCUGGAUGGCCAACUGCCGCUUAUUGCUCGUGUUGGCGAAAAUUACACUUGGUCCUUCAGCCAGUUCACGUUUUCAACAGACCUGGACCAGGCUCUUUCAUACACCGCCUCAGGCCUACCGAGUUGGUGCUCGUUUGACAACACAACUCGAACGCUCUACGGCAUGCCUUCUGCUGCGGAUGAGGGCACGCCGCAGAUCACCAUGAACGCCUCAGACUCUGAGUCCUCGGCAACCUCAUCGUUCUUUAUCUGCGUCACGUCCUAUCCUCCUCCAACGCUUGAAAUUCCUCUACAAAAGCAGUUCUAUGCAGGCAGUUCCGCGCUCUCAUCGGUAUUCUUUCUAUCUCCCGGAUCAGCUCUUGAAACGGACGAGUUUGUAUUCAGGGUUCCAUCUCAGUGGUCCUUCAGCAUCGGUAUCCUCAGUGACACGUUCUCGGCCCAAAAUGACCUAUACUAUGCGGCCUUGCAAGCGGAUGGAACACCUCUUCCUGAAUGGCUUAUAUUCAACACAAAUACUGUGACCUUUGACGGAGUAGCGCCAUCUGAGGCUAAUUUACCCACGCCUUACACCCUAUCUAUAGAUGUCCAUGCGUCUGAUCAGGAAGGCUAUAGCGCGGAUACUGUUUCUUUUGACCUCGUCGUGGCUUCUCACGAGCUGUAUGCACUAUCGACUCUACCCACUGUCAAUGUCACAGCCGAUUCUCCUUUUAACUUCACGGUCAUGGCUGCCGCCGAUUUUACUGGUAUACUGGUGGAUGGACAGCCUCUAGAACCUACAAACGUCACCGGUUUGUUUAUCGAUGUGUCUGCGUACAAAAACUGGCUUCAGUACGAUGAGGAAAGUAGGACGCUCUUUGGGAUCCCGCCAACUGGACUUUCUGCAACGAGCGCUACAAACGGAGGACCUGUCCUGCCUGCCAGGCUCACCACUGACUUCAAUCAAACCUUGGACACGACGAUUUCUCUGGCAGUUGUGUCAUCCUACUUUUCUGCCUCGGACCUUGGAGUCAUCAAUGCGGAUCCAGGGCAGCAAGUCCGUUUCAAUCUGGCUCAAUUCUUCUCGAACAAGGCCGACACUGCCCAAAAUCACAACGACGUCAAUCUCAGUGUUACCUCUUUCCCCGAUGCAAGCAAUUAUUUGAGCUUCGAUCCAGUCUCUGUGGAACUGUCCGGACAGAUCCCGAGCAACUCGCAAGUCCCAAAGAUUGUAGUCACCUUCAUUGCCUACUCCCAUGUCACGCACUCCACUUCCCACGCAACGCUAUCCGUGGUAUCUCCACAGAAGGAAAAUCAGAGCCAGGGACUGGGAACGGCGAACUCGGCGGGACGCCAAACAACGACUCUGAUACUGUCUGUCGUUUUUGGUGUAAUCGGAGGUCUGCUUUGCCUUGGCGCCGGUCUGGCCCUGUUCAGGCGUUGUGCAAGGGUUCGAGACUCGGCCUUGCUAGGCGAAGAAGGCGCAUUCGCUUGGUCGGAUGCGGAGAAGAGGUACUACGGGAUGGCUCCCGUUGGAAAUAGUAGUCUUCGUGAGGAAAAUAAGGGUUACGGCUGGUCCAAGGAGGCAGACACGAGCGCGACCUCGGAGAAAGGCAGCCUUGAGCUCAGUCAGCGGCGAGGGAACCCGUUCGAGCCCAUUGAAAAUCCGCCGUCGAACGCGUACGAAAAUCUUGGACUUGGCCUCCGGCGUGUUAUUCCUCAAACGCCUUCGACUGUUCACGCUGAUUGCAAUGGUGUCAUGAAGAAGGCGGAGUUCCUCGGGCGGAUCAAGGAGACUGCAAGGAACGUGAGCGACAAAUACAAGCGCAAGGUUGCUCCAACAAGGCCCGUCAUCGGUAACCCUACGCCAUUAACAUCAAGACAUGCACGUCAGGGCGUGGAUGGGCUUCCUCUCGAAGGCGAUUACAUAGACAUCAAGGCCACCCCAGCUUCACAAGAUAUACGCGAAAAUCCCUUCAACGAUCCGGAGUUGAAGGUGAAGCGCGUGAGUACGAUGACUAGUUUCAUUAGUUCUCCGUCGAACUCUACGGAUGAGAGAUCUAUCCCACGAAGGCGAGCCGAUUUUGCACCUCCAAGGUCGCCGCGGGGCCCGCGAGAGCCAUCACCUGCUGCCGUCAAGGACUCUGUUCGCAGAAGCAUUAUCAGGGAAAGCCUACAGAGCACAAGCAUCGUUUCCUAUGAAUCGCGUCCUGAGACUAUCCAGACUAUCCACACCGCCGAGGAGAAACCUCGUCUCAAACAGUUCACAAAUUCUUCCCGAGUUCCUCCUCCGCGGUCUCCAUCUAGUAACCAAGUAACGCUAGAUGUAUCCCCGGGAACCAGAAGAAUCGCUAGCCAGACAGCAAAGGUCUACCAAGAAGGACGGGACACGCACCACACUAGUACUGAUGAGCUUCGCAUGGGCAUGCAUUAUGUUCGCACACUCGGAGAAGGCUCAUCGAACGUGCGCUCUGUAUCCGACGAGUCAUUCUCGUCGCUCGCGUCUUCUCAGCCUGCUCUAGGUACUGUCAGUGUGGGGACGGAAAACACCGUCUCUCGAUUCAUCGUACGGACUGGUGAGAAGUUCAAGUUCCGCAUUCCCAUGAAGUCCAUCAAUGGCACAUAUCGCAAGUUGGAGGCAAAAUUGAUGUCGGGGCAAGCUCUCCCACACUUCUUGCAAUUGGAGCUGAAGGGGCACGCGGUAACGACAAGAGAGUGGUCGAGUUUUAUGGGAUUCCUACAGAGCAAGAUCUUGGGGAGAUACAAGUGGGCGUAUUCAAUGCAGAGGGUGGAGAAUGUCUUGCAAAGGUGA